GGUAUUGUGUCGGCCAGUCCACUUUAACAUUAUGGGGUAUUGUGUCGGCCAGUCCACUUUAACAUUAUGGGGUAUUGUGUCGGCCAGUGCACUUUAACAUUAUGGAGUAUUGUGUCGGCCAGUGCACUUUAACAUUAUGGGGUAUUGUGUCGGCCAGUGCACUAACAUUAUGGGGUAUUGUGUCGGCCAGUGCACUUUAACAUUAUGGGGUAUUGUGUCGGCCAGUGCACUUUAACAUUAUGGGGUAUUGUGUCGGCCAGUGCACUUUAACAUUAUGGGGUAUUGUGUCGGCCAGUGCACUUUAACAUUAUGGGGUAUUGUGUCGGCCAGUGCACUUUAACAUUAUGGGGUAUUGUGUCGGCCAGUGCACUUUAACAUUAUGGGGUAUUGUGUCGGCCAGUGCACUUUAACAUUAUGGGGUAUUGUGUCGGCCAGUGCACUUUAACAUUAUGGGGUAUUGUGUCGGCCAGUGCACUUUAACAUUAUGGGGUAUUGUGUCGGCCAGUGACAAUAAAAUAAAACUUUAAUCAAUUUUAAAUUCAGGCUGCUACACAACAACAUUUAGUCAAGGGGUGUGAAUACUUUCUGAAAGCACAGUGAGUAUACCAAACAUUAGGAACACCUUCCUAAUAUUGAGUUGCACCCCUCCCCCAUUUGCCCUCAGAACAGCCUUAAUUUAUCAGGGGGACAGACUCUACAAGGAGUGGAAAGCGUUCCACAGGGAUGCUGGCCCAUGUUGACUCCAAUGCUUCCCACAGUUGUGUCAAGUUGCCUUGAUGUCCUUUGGGUGGUGGACCAUUCUUGAUACACACGGGAAACCGUUGAGCGGGAAAAAAACAGCAUCUAUUGUCUUGCCCAUUCACCCUCUGAACAGCACACACACACACACACACACACACACACACUGUCUCAAUUCUUCUUUAACCCGUCUCCUCCCCUUCAUCUAAACUGAUUUAAAGUGUAUUUAACAAGUGACAUCAAUAAGGGAUCAUAGCUUUCACCUGGAUUCACUGGUCAAUCUAUGUCAUGGAAAGAGCAGGUGUUCUUAAUGUUUGGAUACUCCGUGAACAUUCUGACUGAACAGUGCUGUGAUGAUAGGGAUUGUUGCGUUACCAACUUUUGCAGCCCAAGGGAAGGAGAACGAAGUGGGCCCUGGAGGUGACGAGGCCCCCAGGGGAUGGUGGUUCUCUGACACCCAGGCUCGGAGCUUCGACGCCGGGCAGCAGUGUCAGGCUAGCCUGGGGCUUGAGGAGAGUGUGGAGGCUGUGAGGACAGCAGUGAAGGACCUGGGCCCGUUUGACGGUGUGCUGGGGUUCAGCCAGGGCGCUGCUCUAGUUGCCAUGCUCUGUUCUAUACAGGAGCAGAAUCUAGAACCACAAUUCCAGUUCCGCUUCGCUAUACUGGUGGCCGGGUUCCGGAGUGCUUGUUUGGAACACCAGGGGUUCUAUGGCAGCCCUGCUCCACUCGCCAUCCCGUCCCUGCACGUCUUCGGACAGGAAGACCAGGUCAUUUCUGAUAGGAUGAGCCGGGAGCUCCUUCCCCUGUUCCAGGAGCCUCAGGUGCUGACUCAUCCUGGUGGCCAUUUUGUGCCAGCGGCCUCGGCACACAGACAGACUUAUCAGGAGUUUCUCAAGAGGUUUCAGUAGGGGAAGGAGAAGCAUGGAAACUAUUCCAUCCUAGAAGUUUCAGAGGAGGUAAAUGUCUGAAAAUGAAUGUUGCUCAUCCAAAGAUGGCAAGUAACGAGCAUGUUGAUUUAAGUUAACACUGUUAUCAGGUGUAUCCAGAAAUUGUAAAAAUAUUUUAUUGGAAAGUGUCUUUAAUUUUCAUACAAUGUUUGUAGGCUACCACAGUAACAAAAUGACUCCAUACAAAUUCUACUGUCAUUCUCGGGGGGGGUAUAACAUUUUUGUUGAAAAAUAAAUUCCAAUAAACAUUGACAUUUA